AUGGCUGCAUACCCAUCAGUUGAAGAAAAGAAAUUUUUAGAACUGAUAGAUUAUUUUUUAAAGUUUGCAGAAAGUGCACUAACGGCAGAUGGUUACUUGUGGAGGUUUAGAAACUCCAGGUGCCGCGCUACAAAAACAAUUAGGCAUGGAAGUUUCUACAGCCAUAGCCAAUUAUCCCUUACAAAUUGUAUUUUGAUGACGUAUUUCUGGUCUAUGUACGACGUUAGCCAGGCAAUGGUUGCGUCGAUUUUAGAUUUGGACGUCGGGCACACAUUAUCUGACUGGUUUAAUUUACAUCGAGAUCUAUGCAUUGACUGGGCUCGUGAUAACCCUGCACGAGUAGGUGGCCCCGGACACAUCGUUCAGAUAGAUGAAAGCUGCAUUUCAUCUGCAAAAAGAUCGAGGAACCGAAAUGCACGUCCAGUUAGGACACGCAGGGUUCUUGGAGGCAUCGAUACGCAAACAAAAGAUGCCUUUCUGGUGGAAGUAAAUAAACGAGAUGCUGCCACGCUGUUGCCAUUGAUACAGCGACAUGUUCUGCCCGGUUGGUUUCAUAAAGUACAAGUUUGGACGGAUCAAUGGGCUGCUUAUAACAGUAUAACAGCCGUAACCGGUCUAGCCCACCAAACCGUAAAUCACUCCAUUACAUUCCGGGCCGUAAACGUAGUGCAUACAAAUGGAGUGGAGAAUUUGUGCAAUCAACUUCCCUAA